AUGGAUGAAACCGCUAUCAACGACGAAUCGGGCACCGGUAGCCCCAAACUCGCGGCCUCGACCCCAGCCGUACCGCCUAAACAAAUGUCGGACGACGAGGUGCGGGCCAACACAUUCGUUAUACUAAUGUCCGCCUACGAGACCACCGCCACGACCCUAACCAUUGCCAUGUAUGAGCUCGCGCUACAGCUUAGAUUACAGGAGCGACUGUACGCCGAGCUCAAGGCGGCCAUGAAUGCUGAUGGUGAAAUUGACUAUGACAAACUCCAAUCAUUAACCUACCUAGAUCAAGUCGUGUCAGAAACCCUGCGCUUACACCCGCCCGGCAUACGGGCCACACGACUGGCCACUCAAGACUAUAAGCUCGGCGACACCGGUAUUACCAUACGUAAGGGCCAACAGGUGGACAUACCUACCUAUGCCAUACAUCAUAGUCCCGAGAACUACCCAGAUCCAUACCGAUACGAUCCGGAUCGUUUCUCGCCGGCCAAUCGUGGUAAAAUUAAACCCUAUACGUACGCGCCGUUUGGCUCCGGGCCCCGACAUUGCAUAGGCAUGCGAUUUGCGUUGUUGGAAAUUAAAUUAAGCCUAGCUCAUAUUAUUACUCGGUAUAAGUUAUAUCGUUUGCCCGAAACUGAUGUUCCCCUACAGUAUCGCCGCAAAUAUCGGUUGACUUUUCCCAAACGUGUUAUAAUUGGUAUUGAGUUCCGCGAAAAGUAA